CUCCGCAAUGAAUCAUUUUUGGGGCCCCUCUCUUAUAUUUAGGACCGUUCGCUCGUCUACCGGGGGUAGUCUGAAUUCCCGCUUCAUAUCACGCUCUAGAUCUCUCUCUAUUCUCAAUUGCUCUCCCCGUUUGCCCUUUCGCGCGGUCCCAACCUCGAAAACAAUGUCGACCGCAGUCCCGAGUACGGAGUCUGAUCCCAGACCCGUCUUCUUCUUUGACAUUGACAAUUGUCUCUACUCCCGAGAAUGCAACAUCUUCGGCCACAUGCAAGAACUCAUAAACAAAUUCUUCACCACCCACCUCUCGCUCAGCACCGAAGACGCCCACGUCCUGCACAUGAAAUACUAUAAGGAGUACGGUCUUGCCAUUGAGGGUCUUACGCGCCACCACAAGAUUGAUCCCCUCGAAUUCAACCGCGAAGUCGACGAUGCCUUGCCGCUGGAUGACGUUCUGAAGCCGGAUCUCAAGCUGCGAAAGCUUCUCGAGGACAUUGACAAGGACAAAGCGCGACUAUGGCUCCUGACGAACGCGUAUGUCACCCAUGCGAAGCGGGUCGUCAAACUCUUGCAAGUCGAUGAUCUCUUCGAAGGCGUCACGUACUGUGAUUAUGGUCAGACGCCGUUGGUCUGCAAACCGAGUCAGGAAAUGUACGAAAAAGCAGAGAGGGAGGCGAAGGUCCCCAGCGGUGCCAAGCGCUAUUUCGUUGAUGAUUCCGGCUUGAAUUGCAAACAUGCCGCGGAACGGGGAUGGGAAACCGCCCACCUGGUCGAGCUCGGCGUCACUCCUCCUUCGACGCCGGCGUCGCAGCACAUGAUUCGCAGUCUCGAGGACUUGCGGAUUUGCUUUCCGCAUCUGUUCAAGAGCGGCAGCUCGCUCCGGAAUUGAUAGAUCAGACGACAUAGAUCUUUACGCGUGUGUAUGAAAUGUCAUGUUUAUGGAUAUACGAACGAAUCACGGGGGACUCUUAUACAGGUUUUUCGGGAGUAUCCUCUAGCCAACUUCUGCUUCAACGGAAAUUAAACUUAUGUAAUAGAUGUUUAG